GCAGUGUCCUAGGGAGGGGGGGACACCUCAGAGCAGCAGGAGCUCGGCGCUGGACAUGCCCAGCAGGAGGUCUGGCCACAGCACAGUGCCGCUCGCGCCCACGUCACACUAAGGGUGGCAGCCAGAGCGCCCUGGGAUGGCCACCAUGCCGUUCGUCGGUGAGGGGAAGUGCGUCAGCGUGGAGUGGGACUUCCUGCAGGGCCUUCUGGCCAAGCCACCGACCCUACCAUGCUUACAGAACCUGCGGAAAGAGAAAUCUCGGAAUGCCGCACGCUCCAGACGUGGGAAGGAGAACUUUGAAUUCUUUGAACUUGCUAAGUUACUGCCCCUGCCCGGUGCCAUCACCAGUCAGCUGGACAAGGCAUCUGUCAUCCGGCUCACCAUCAGUUACCUGCACAUGCGCCACUUCGCCAGCCAUGGUGACCCACCCUGGGGACCCCUACUGGAAGGAGGACCAAACUGCACCAAGGUGCACCGCAGUUCACGCUCCCUGGCCACUGACAUGUUUGAGCAGCACCUAGGAGCCCACCUGCUGCAGUCGCUGGAUGGGUUCGUGUUCGUGGUCAGUCACGAGGGUCGCUUCCUCUACAUAUCCGAAACUGUGUCCAUCUACUUGGGCCUCUCGCAGGUGGAGCUGACGGGGAGCAGCAUCUUCGACUACAUCCACCCUGCGGACCACCUGGAGAUGGCCGAAUGCCUGGGCAUACGGCCCCACCUGAGGGCGGAGGUCGGGUGCCAGGGGACGCACGAGAGCACCUCCAGCUCCGCCUCCUCGCUGGCCGAGACGCCGGAACCAGCUCCUACCAACCAUCUGAAACCAGAAGAUGAGUCCUGGGACCGGGGCUUCUUCAUCCGCAUGAAGUCCACCCUGACGAAGCGGGGGCUGCAUGUCAAAUCUUCUGGGUACAAGGUAAUUCAUAUCACCGGGCGGAUCCGCUUCCGCCCCGCCCUGGCACCAGGCCACACCCGCUCAUUGCAGCGCCCGCUGGGAUUGGUGGCUUUGGCACACACCCUCCCCCCCUCCACCCUCAACGAGGUCCGCAUGGAAAGCCAGAUGUUUGUCUUUCGCAUGAACAUGGACCUGCAGGUCACCUACUGUGAAAACAGGAUCUCUGAGUACAUGGACCUGAGCCCAGCUGAGGUGGUGGGACAUACGUGUUACCAGUUCAUCCACGCGGAGGAUCUGGACAGCCUGCGGCAGAGCCACGAAGACCUGCUGCGUAAGGGCCAGGUGGUGACCAACUACUACCGCUGGCUGCAGAGGCGCGGCGGCUUCCUCUGGGUCCAGUCCUGCGCCACAGUCUCUGUCAACCACAAGGCGCCGCACGAGCGCAACGUCAUCUGGGUCAACUACGUGCUCAGCCGCACGGAGUUUCCGGACACGCCUCUGGACUUGCUUCAGCUGCCGGAGAGCCUCCGGGACGGCCACAUGCGAGUGAGCUCCGCCCACAAGGACGCCUCAUCGCAGGUUCAGGGCACAGCUGCAACACAACAUAUAAAAUGCUCUAGUGGCAAAAAUGGCUCAGGGUCAAAGGUGAGGGAGGCGUAUUCCCUGCCUCCAAAUGGCCAAUCAGAGGAGAAGAGGAAGAGAGCACAGCAGGCCAACCCCAAAAGCAGUCCCCUGGAAAAGAGGCAGAGAAAAGAGUUUCACGGAAAGAGGGAGGGGAGCCCGACUGCCUCUUCUGAACAAGGGAGCGACAGUGAGGGGGGGGAAGGAGCGGAGAGAAGGUGUCACGCUGACGGCGGGAGGGUGAAGUGUGAGGAAGGCGCAUCAAAACAUGGGAUUGAGGCCACGCGCAGUGGAGCCGACAUGCCGCACAACGGCCGCGCAAUCAUCCAGCAGCUGAAGAGUGGGGUCACCUCGGCCGCCCCCUGCAUCAAAACUGAACAGAACCUCCAGACCACAGGGGGGCGCUGGGGGCACGUGAAACCCCCUUUGCACACUCCUGCAGGAGUCCAAAAUGGCGACGGCCCUGCACUGUCCAUGCCAGACUCUGCCAUGACCCCACCCAGUGGGGAAGCCCCACACAGGGGGCUCCUCGCACCCCCGUCCCCCACACUGUCCCCACCCGUGGCAGGCUCCCCACUGCCCAGGGAGGAGCGUGGCUUAGCUGGAGGGCGAGGCCCAGACUUUGAGCUACUACAGAGGUUGGCUGUAGGAGGCGCUGCCGGCCGGGUCCUUUUCCACCCCCUGGCACUCGGCCCCCAAGGGACCCAGAGCCUAUACGCCCCCAGCACCAUUCGAUACGCCCCAGCCGAGCUGGGUCCCGGCCACCCAGCCCCAGAGGCUCUCCCAUCAGACCACUCCAAGCCUCCUGCCUUCUUCCCCCACCUCCAGAGGAUCGCCGCCCUUCCCCCUUUCAGCGGGUUUUCCUCAUCCGAGCCCAGCUUCCCGCCUGGGCUGCCAUUCUGUAUCAAUGGGCUGCGAGGGACGGCAGCCUCAGAAGAGGACUGAGAACUUCAGCGGGGCGCAGAGAGAGAGGGAGAGCUGGAAUGGGAUGUUUGAUCCAACCCAGAGUCUCUGUAAGAGCCUCAUCAAGCUUGCAAAGGAUUAUGGGAGAGGUGGCCGCCAUCUCUGUAGCACCUGCACCGCCCUCCUCUGGCAUCCCCCAGCCCUGCUCUUGCAUCAACAUCUUCCCUGACAUGCGAAAAGCCAUACACACCCUGUACUGUGUACUCUCUGUACUGCCACUGCCAUAUACACCCUCGCGUGAAGGGUAAGCCUGGGUGGGUGGGCCUGUUCCUGUGACAGAGCCACUUAUAAGCCAAUAGUAGCAUUCAGACACAUUAGCAAUGGGCACAAGGCUAAGUGCUGAAUAUAAACACAGAGGGGACUGUCUUGCUGAAACCUUCUUUAAGUUAUACUGCUCACAGUUCGGGUUUGACUCCAUGUUCGAUGAGGUUUCUCUGUCUGCUUUGGCUUUGCUUCGGCCAUUUGUACUCUGUAUCUCCGCGUCUUUCAGUAACACCAUCGCCGCAUCUAGCUUUCGAGAUGCCCCGUCAGCCCUCACUCUAUGGAUGGCCCGAUUCCUGCAGACAUUUUUUUUUUCCCGGUCAGUGCUCGUAGAAGCCAUUUUGCUGUCAAGCACUGAGGAACUCUAGUCGCCCGCUAUCCCUCCCGCUCAGAGAUUCUAUGAGAGCUUAAAGCAAACCGCUGUACCGGAGCCACGACCAUGAGCCAGGUUUCAGCUUAUAUUCCUCCAACUAUCUUUGUGUCCCUGAAGAAAGGGUAUUGAAUUGUGGGUAGGGUCCCGACGAGGGAGAACUGUCUUUUGGGAAAGGCUGAUUCAUUGCAAAGUUUUGGUCACUUUACAGUAUUAACCCUCCUGGAUGGUUUGGAAGAGAUUUUCAUCUGCAUCAUCUGUCUGAGCACUUACUGCGUUAUCUGGUAGGGUCCCUUGUACAGAACUAUGUAAACAUGUAGCACUUGUAAAUCCAUGCCCACUGAUUCACGAGUACUUUUGUGCGUGCAAGCAAGACCAGCGGAUGUUUUGGAGUGCUUAAAAGUCACUUCAGGGUAAGAAGGUAAUUUGUAACCAAGUUCCUCGAGUCCACUGAUAUGUUUAGUGUAAGUAUAGAACAAUACCACAUCUAGUCAUUACAACUUGAGCUGAAAAGCUUGUAACCUGGGAAAAGAACAUGAGUCCAAAUUAAAUUUUGGUAGGUGGGCGUCUGAGAACUAACGUUUGAACACGAUGAGAUAUAAUUUAUAUUUUUUGUUUUUGGUGGAGGUAUAAAAAUGAUUGGGAAUUAUUGGUAACGUUUUCCUAGAUCGUUAUAUCCUAUGGAAGGACUACUGAAGGUAGGGAAGGAUUCACUGUGUAUUGUGACCAAGAAGCCUGAAUUAAAUGUUCUUUUUCUCACGUUAGUUUAGUCGAUGAAAGAAUAACGUCUUAGCCUUCGCCAUCACUGUGACAACUUUUUUUUAAUCGUUUGUGAAUAUAUCCCAACUCCCAACCCUGAAUUAAAUUGAAAUGCUGUAAAAAAAAAAAAGAAACUACAAUAAAAUAAAGUUUUAUUCCAUUAAAAUUCCAAGGUCUCAUUUAAAAAUUGCUCGUAAUACAGUUUUUAGGUGUUUUUAAAUUUGCCGUGAAGUAUUUUUCUUUCAUAA